AUGGCAUCAAACAACGAAGAACCCUCUCUCAAACGCUUUCGCCUGUUGGAGGAGAAAGAACCCAGUACACGCUUUAUCAAACUAGAUAUGGAGAAAUAUGACAGUUCAGUUCAAGCCUACUCAAACGAGGACCUGGUCAAGAUAUUUGAGUUUGGACUUAAAGUCAAAGAAUCCGCCAGCUUGAAUUUAGAUGUCAACCAGAAGAUAAUGAAACCAAUUUACGAAACUGUUGCAAAAAUCGAGGAGCAAGUGAGAACACAAGUACUUAAAGUACAGGAAGACGUCAAUAUGAAGGUCAACAGCAACAUGACCAACUUUGCGACGAACUAG